AUGACUUCACCUCCUCUACUAACGGACAAGAUCCCAGCUGCAGACUAUGGCGAUCCCCAGAGCGUCAUUGAAGGCGAUCGAUUUUGGGCGGUUGUCAUCGGUAUUGACAACUAUGCAUCGCCGAAAGAUCCAUCACUGUGUGGUUGCGUGUCCGAUGCCGACAGUGUUGUCCAGCACUUGAUCGAAAAAAUGAGUGUCCCACCAGAUCGUAUCGAGCUCCUCCUUGGCAGAGUUGACGGUACCGCUACCGAUUCAUCGUCCAAGAAUCUCCGGGAGAGGGACGCUACCCGUGCCAACAUCGUCGAUACUCUUCUCAGUCUCUCCACAAAUUCUCAGAUACGGGACGGUGAUAAUGUCCUGAUCUACUUCUCCGGACACGGCACACAUUAUCUCUGCGGAGACUAUUAUACGGAGUUUCCAGCCAGUACAGGAACCAUUGAGGCUCUGUGUCCUAUGGACCGGGACCCACUCGCAGCCGACGUCGAUAAACGAAUCCCUGACAUCAGCGAUCGAGAGCUCUGUACUAUUCUCUCUGAAAUCUGUCGCACUAAGGGACAUCAUAUUACCGUCAUUCUAGACUGCUGCCACUCUGGAGGCAUGACUAGAAUACUUGGGAGUUCGGCAUCCGCAGUGGCACGCCAGGUCAAGGUUCUGCAUGUAUCCAGGGCAAUUGCAGAGAUGUUUGCAGCUGGCGAUAAGACGCUGGGAAAAUUGAAAUGUGACGAUGGUUCACCUCGCUACGAGUCUAUAGCCAAAGGGAAUUGGAGAGCUGAGGAGGGAACCCACGUAACCUUAGCAGCGUGUCAAGCCUACGAGUUGGCAACGGAAGAGCUAGGCAAGACCAGCGCAUACCAUGGGAUUUUCACCGAGGUACUUCUUCAGAAAUUCACAGAGAUCAGUUCGGUCGCGGAUGGGAAGUUACCGACCUAUAAGGACAUUGAGAAAACCUUUCCCUCAAGCAAAUUCGAGCCAGUCAGACAGUACCCGAAGGCCAUAGGGAAAAACAGGGACAAGAGACUUUGGUACACGAAUCGGGACGCUUGUUGUAUGGAAGGAGUUAGGAAGGAGGAUUACAAGAGACCCCAGGGUGGACUCCACCAGGGACUGUAA